AGUGAUGUUGUGAGCGAUCAAGAUACGACCUGUACAGAUCAAGAAACAACGGCCAGGACAAAAAGAGUUUCUGGAGUGUUUUGGAUCUAUUUUGAAAUCAGACCGAUCAACAGGAAAGGAUGUCCUUAUGUGGAAGCUUUCUGUCAGACGAGCAGUUCCUGUGCUCGAUCUGCCUUGAUGUCUUCACCAACCCUUCGUCCACGCCGUGCGGACACAGCUUCUGCAUGGCCUGCAUCAGCAGAUACUGGGACGGAUCUAAGGUUUGCCAGUGUCCUCUGUGUAAGAAGACCUUCCAGAAGCGACCAGACCUCCAGAUCAACAGGACGCUGCGAGAGAUUACCGAUCAGUUCAGAUCCAUGACAGCAGGGGGGAACGAGAAGAGAGGGGGAAGAGGAGGAGGAGGAGGAGGAGGCAUACCAGAUGAUUUAAUUGAUGAAUUGAAGAAGAAGCUGCCUCGACCUCCGCUACAACUAUCACCGACAAUGCCCUGUGAGACCCAAGGUGUGUCCAUCCUGACGCUGCCAUGCACAACCUCACUGGCUUCUUCGGUACCAAACGACAGUCCGUUCGCCGCCCUGACGAACCCCUCCAGACCUCCUCCUCCGCUGCCCCCUUACUCCAGAGGCCGAAGAAGGUUCACCAUGAGUGGGGCUGCAACGAGCUCGAGGCUCCCUGUCUGUGAGAUCCACCACAGAGGAAUAGUGAUUUACUGUCGGACUGAUCGAGUAUGUAUCUGUCCUCAAUGUGAGACCGAGGACCAUCACGAUCACGACACUGUGACUCUGGAAGCCGAGUGGAUGGAAACCAAGGACCAGCUGAGUGUGUCAGAGCAGGAGGUGCAGGGGAUGAUCAGACGGAGAAUCAGGAAGAUUGAGGAGAUCAAACUGUCAGCGACUGAGCUGGAGUUGGCGGUGGAGCGAGAGACGGCGGGCAGCGUCUGUCUGUUUUCUGAGCUGGUGUCGGCCAUCGAGCGCUCCCAGGCGGAGCUGAUGGAGGUGAUGGAGAUGAGCCAGAGGGCGGCCACGCACCAGGCCGACGCCAUGGUACGACAGCUGGAGCUGGAGGUUGACGAACUGCGGCGGAGGGAAAGCGCCCUCGCCAAGCUCGCCCAAUCAGAUGACUACAUGCACUGUGUCAAGACGUUCCCCAUCCUCUCCAGUCCUCCACCUGCCAAAGACUGGUUUGAGGUGUCGGUGAACUCUGACCUGGGAACAGGGACCAUCUACAGGUCGCUGGCAGCUGUGGUGGAGAGGUUCCAGGAAGAGCUGUUGAUAAUCGCAGAGACAGGUUUUCCUGCCUCAGUACUGGCCCCCAGUCCGGUCCGAUAUCAGCCCAGGAUGAGGAGGGUUGAGGAGUAUGCAGUGGACGUGACGCUGGACGGCCACACUGCUCAUGCCAGACUGAUUCUGUCGGAGGACUUGAAGAGUGUGAGGUGUGGAGAUCGACACCAGACGCUUCCCGACAACCCAGAGAGGUUUGACAGAGUCGUCUGUGUCAUCGGGAGGGAGGCCAUCUCCUCUGGGAGACACUACUGGGAGGUGGAGGUGGGCGGGAAGACGGACUGGGAUCUUGGAGUAGCCAGACAAUCAAUCAACAGGAAGGGGAAGAUUGAAGUUACCCCGAGCAAUGGAUACUGGUUCCUCAGUCUGAGAGACAGGAAGAAGUACGCCUUUCGCAGUGAACCCUCCACAGACGUCCAUCUGAACCUCCGACCACAAAGGAUUGGGAUAUUUGUGGACUUUGAGAAAGGACAGGUGUCUUUCUACAAUGUUGAUGCUAAAAUUCACAUCUACACUUUCAAUGACACUUUCAGUGAAUGCAUCUUCCCGUUCUUCAGCCCCUGUACUAAUAAAUCUGGGAAGAACGACGGGCCGCUAAUUAUCACUCCGGUAAACUGGACAGAGUGACAGAACAACACCUGGAAGUUCCGAGUUUCUUCUUCUUCUUUUUGCUUUUAGUUGCACCGCAAAACUGUUCAAAUUUUUUGGAUAUAAAUACUCUUAAAAUGUUCUCUUGUUGUCCGACUGUGAAUAGUUUAUAAAUACAGGUGAGACAUUUGUAUUUUAAUUGAUUUGCUUAUCAUGUAUUAAAAACAAUGGUAUUAUUCUAGCAGUGACUGUGUUCAUUAUUUCUAUAUUCAGCUUCAGAGGAAACUGUGACGGAUAUUUUUGACUAUUUAAAGACAUUUUAAAGCCUAAACUGUUCAUUGAUUCAUCAGAAAAGAAGCAGGAGUUGCCCAAUAAGAUUUUACAGA